AUGGCUUCUCUCUCAAAGUUAUCAACUACUAUCGCUUCCCUUGUCAUCGCAGCACUUCCAAAUUUUGCCCAGAGCAGCACCACACAUAAUAAUCAACACCACAACCAAAUCACAAAUGCACAAACUUGGUACACAGAACAGAGAAAAAUGUGUCUAGUCGAAAGUUUCAACUUCAAAAAGUGCCCCUGCAAACUCACACGUCGGCAUAUCUGCUAUCCUCACUUGCAAAGUCAGAGAAUGACAAAGUAUAAAGCGAAUAAACCCCUGUUCCUUCCUAUCCACACAUACUCACUCGUCCAGGAAAGGGAAGAUAAGCCGGACGUAGUGAUAGACUUGGAGGGGUGUCUUAAGUUUCAUGAGCAGCCGAUCGAGGAGGGGAAUGGGUAUUGUGGGAUGGUCGAGAGUGGUUGCCCGUAUGUUGAGAAAAAUAGUAGAGAGAGAGUUCUGAGUGAUGAGUUGUUGGAGUGGAAGGGGAGAGAACGCUUGUGUCAUUCUGGCAAUGUCUUAGGAGAGGGUGGAAUUGCGGAGGAACCGGAAAGUUAUGGGGAUGAGGGAGUGGUGGGAGAGUGGAAGGAGGAGGAAGAUGGUGUGUGGUUGGUUGAAGAGUGUGAGGGAGAUGGGCUCAAUAGAAGGAACCCAGUGGGAAGAAGUUCGCUUCACGGGGAGACACAGCGGAAGAGGAAGAUUUCUUUGCACAUAGAAACCGGAGAGGGAGGCAUUCCGCAGGGUACACAAUCCUCCUCAAUGGAUAAACCGCUCCCCCCUCCUCCAGUCGUGGCCGUAUCGCCUGAGGCGGUGCAUAUGGAUCCUCGUCAUGCUUUGGCCAUGAUACCUGAUGAGGAAGACGGAGAGCUUACAAGGCCGAGGUCAGAAUCAUUGGAGGAGACAGACCCCCGUAUUGUGUUCUAUAGAUCUAUGGGUUUCACCAAUAAUUAA